GCAGAGCCCAAGGCCCGGGGCGGAGCUUGGCCGCGGCACAGGGUGGCUCGGCGUUCAGGUGGCUCCUCCUCUGCGUCUCCGGAUCCCCGGCCGCGCCGGGCACCGUGCCGGCUUCCAAGGGAGCGCCUUUGGGCCGGGCUCGGGGAGCCCGCGACGGCCGCCGCGCGUCUGGGUCCAUUAUUUCGCUUCUCGGUCUCUUCCAGGCAGGUGCCGCAGGCGCGCGGGUCCUCACGUGCCACCGCGGCGGCUGCAACUCUGGGACCCGCGGGCGCGCAGCGGGAGAUGAAGCACCUGAAGUCGUGGUGGUCGGCCGGCGGCGGCCUCCUGCAUCUCACCAUCCUGCUGAGCUUGGCCGGGCUCCAGGUAGACCUGGACCUCUACCUGCUGCUAUCGCCCCCCACCCUGCUCCGGGAUGAGCUGCUGCUGCUGGGCAGCCCGGCCAGCUCCGCCCACGCGCUCAGCCCCUUCCCUGCCUCGGGAGAGUGGGGGCGCGCGGACAGGCUGCACCCCAAGGGCCUGGUGCCGGACCCCCCAGGGGCGCCCGAGGGUCGGCUGCUCCGGGAGGUGCGCGCGCUCGGGGUCCCCUUCAUCCCCCGCAUCCGGGUGGAUGCGUGGCUGGUGCACUGCGUGGCGGCGGGGGACGCGGACUCGGCCCACGGACUGCUGGGCGCCGCUGUCUCGUCAGCGGGAGGAGUCGCCGGCGCCAGCUUGGACGGCGGCGGCCAAGCUGCGCAGGGGGGCAGCGGGGACCCCCGAGGUACUCCGAGUAGCCCCUUGGCCGCCGAGGAGAAGAAGGAACCUGCCGAACCGACGGCUCAGGUGCCGGACGCCGGCGGAUGCGCGAGCGAGGAGAAUGAGGUACUAAAAGAGAAGUGUGAAGCUGCAGAUCACAAUUCACAGCAUGAAGAAAGUGUGUCAGCCAGGAAGGAGAAAUCACUACAACAGAACAAUGAAGAUGAAAACAAAAUAGCAGAUAAAGCUGACUGGGAGGCAGAAGAGACCACUGAAUCUAUACAUGAGAGACAUCUAAAUGGGACAGAUACAUCUUUCUCUCUGGAAGACUUACUCCAGUUACUUUCAUCACAGCCUGAAAACUCACUAGAGGGCAUCUCACUGGGUGAUACUCCUCCUCUUCUAGGCACUAUCAACGAUGGCAUGAAUUCUUCAGCACAUUCGAAUGUAAACUUUAGCCAGGCUAUAAGUCACGACGUGAACCUUCAUGAGGCCAUGUUGUUGUGUCCAAACAAUACAUUUAGAAGAGAUCCAGUAGCAAGGACUUCACAGGCACAAGAAGCAUUUCUGCAGUUAACGUCUCAUACUAUCAAUCCUGAGCAAACCCUUUCUGUAACUAAUUUGCCAGGAUAUCUCCCACCUGCUGACAAUCAGACAAGGACUCUGACAAGCCAGGACCUACUAUAUGAUCUUGACGUAAACAUAUUUGAUGAGAUAAACUUGAUGUCAUUGGCCACAGAGGAAGGUUUUGACCCAAUGGAAGUUGCCCAGCUUUUUGAAAAACCAGAUUGUGAUUCUGGCCUUUCUUUAAAUUCAAGUCACAAUAGCACCUCUGUCACCAAGUCUAAUUCUUUUCACUCUAUGUAUGACGAAGGAGGUGCUAUAGGUUAUAACAGUGACCUUGACUCUCUUUCCCAUCAUAACUUAGAAGGGGCUGUAGGAGGCUACUACACAGAACCCAGUAAGCUUUGUCAUGUGGACCAUAGGAGUGUUUCUAGUUUCCAUGGCAAUCUUUUGUUUCAACACGUAUUUCAUAACCACACUUACCACUUACUGCCAAGUGCACCAGAAUCCACUUCUGAAUCUUUUUCAUGGCCUGUGAAAUCACAGAAAAUGAGUAGGCACCUCAAUGACACAGAUAGAAACUUGAGUCGUGAUGAACGGCGUGCUAAAGCUUUACACAUCCCUUUUUCUGUAGAUGAAAUUGUCCGUAUGCCUGUUGAUUCUUUCAACAGCAUGUUAAGUAGGUACUAUCUGACAGACCUACAAGUCUCGCUCAUCCGUGAUAUCAGACGAAGAGGGAAAAAUAAAGUGGCUGCUCAGAACUGUCGUAAACGCAAAUUAGACAUAAUUUUGAAUCUAGAAGAUGAUGUAUGUAAUUUGCAAGCAAAGAAGGAAACCCUUAAGAGAGAGCGAGCCCAAUGUAACAAAGCUAUUAACAUAAUGAAACAAAAACUGCAUAUCCUUUAUCAUGAUAUUUUCAGUAGGUUAAGAGAUGAGCAAGGCAGGCCUGUUAAUCCAAACCAGUAUACUCUUCAGUGCAGCCAUGAUGGAAGUGUUUUGAUUGUACCCAAAGAACUGGUGCCCUCAGGUCACAGAAAGGAAAACCAAAAGGGACAGAGAAAAAGUGAGAAAAGGAACUGAAGAUGGACUCCAUUAUGUAGACAAAGUACUACUCAAAAACUGCUUAUCUGGAUCACAAACCAUUAUAAUCAACAUUAAGUAUUGGUACUUGAAGUGCUCAGUUAAGGCUAGGUUUUGAAGUUUACAUAGAUUAAGUAUUUUGGACUGAGAUACUUGUGGGGAAUUUAAGGGAAACCACUUUUCAUGAAAUCCUGUGACGAUUCAUAGUUAGGUUCAAAGAAUAGGAUAAUAUGAAAACCUAGUAUGACAGCACUCACUUUGGAGCCAAUUUUUUAAAAGGUGGUCACUUCAAAAAGCAGAGGGGAUCUGUUUUAAGAUGUAUUUGUUUUAUAUGACUUAAAAUGCAAAAUAGCCUUAUUUCCACUGUUAGUACUAUAGUGGAGUUUUCAAAGGCUAUUUUUAAUUUUUAUGAGUAAUUUUUCUGUGGAUAUAAAUUUUUGAAUGCAUUAAAAAUUUUCCUUUUUAUACAGAAAUUCAAAGCAAAUUUAGAUAUUUUCCUUCCAAAAUAUCCACAUUCAGGAUGAGUGACUAGCAAGUAGGGCAGUACAGUGAAAAUUGAAAGUAUACAAAUAGGCUAGACUCAAGCCAGAUGGAUGUCAACAUAUUAUGGCAAAUACUCCCUUAGACUUAACACAUACUACACAAAAUCAAAACUAAAAACAGGAGGCCAAGGCUUAUGGACUGCUUGAACUCAGAUGAUCUAGACAUCUGAGCCAGACUAACUGGGCAUUGUGAUGAACACCUGUAGUCUCAGCUACACAGGAGGCCAAGUGAGGCAAGAGUAUGCUUGAGCUUGAGAAAGAUUGCUGAAGAGUUGUGGCGCCACCAUACUCCGAGGGUGACAAAAAUGAAGACUUUGGGUCCAAAAAAACCCAAAAACCCCAGCCAAGUUCUAAACCAGGUGGUGAGUCACGACCCACAGUAAUUGUAUUAAAGGGCCGUGGCAUUAGGAAGGUUGAGAAGUAGAUUUAAGUAGUUUAGGCUUUAAUGCGGGGCUGGGGGAGGGGAAUGGUGCAAAGAUGUAGUCACUGGUAGUUUAGGCCCCAGACCUACCUCUCCCACUGUAACCCCACAGGUAGAAUGGAGCUGCCUGCAUAAACAGAAUUCCUUGGGUAUUAUUAAACCCAUAAGGUCUUUGGAUAGGCUCACAUCCUAAAAUACUGAAAUCUCACCAAACCAUUUCAGAAAUUUUGAAUAGUAAACAGGAAAUUGUGCAUUUUAAGAUAGCAAAGACCUCCCAGAUUAACAAGUCAAGAUUUUAUGCCCAAAUUCUUACAAAGGUUCUCAGAUGUUACCUCUGCGUUCAACCAUUGACUUGCUUUAAGAAUUUACCAGAAACCACGAAUAGUAUUGCUAAUGGAUAUGUAGCUUUUGUAAAUCUGCGCCUUAAAAUUUUUUCCAUUUUAAACGGUAUAGCCAUUUCUUCCAAGCCGUAGAUCUUCCUAUUGAUAGUAGACCUUCUGAAAAAAAGCCUGAUUGUAUUGCAACCACAAAGCACAUUAAAACAAAUUUAAGCUUAAAAUAUAAAAUCCUACAGUACCAAUUUCUCUAAUACUACUUGUCAGACUGCUCCUUUCAAACCCAAGGGGAGAGAAAGGUAACCUGGGAAAUGUUAAUAGGGACGUAUUUCAGGGACAGGGAUGGAAGAUGGUUGUGCCUACACUGAACAUAACUUACUCUCUGAACACAUUAUUAAUGUACCUGUAAGUGUACAAUAGGUAAGUUAUGUGCAGAUACACCAUUCUAUAGGGACCAUCGGUGGAGUCCUGAAACCAGUAUCCCUGCAGGUACCAAGGGACUAUAGCCAGUACAUCAAGUCAACAAACCAAUAUUUUUUCUUUAGCCAGGGAUGGGUUUGAACCCAUCUUUCUGGCAUAUGGGGCCAGCACCCUACUCCUCUGAGCCACAGGCGCCACCCCAAACCCAGUUUUAAUAACCACUUCCACAACUUGCCUUGGGCUACUACUUUCCUGAUACCCAAACAUACUGGACUGAUUAAGUUCCAACAGUGGAAGAAAUCCCACAGGGGCUGGUAGGUUCAAACACGCCCCAGACCUGCCAAUCAAUGACAAAUACAAUAAAAAAAUAGCUGCGUUGCAGCAGGCACCUGUAAUCCCAGCUACUUGGGAGGCUGAGGCAAGAGAAUCGCUUAAACCGGAGUUGGGAGGUGGCUGCGACCACUGCCUUCUACCCAGAGCCACAUAAUGAAACUGUCUCAAGAAAAAAAGAUUUUUAGCGAAACCCAAUGGUUGACUGAAACUGUUGCUAGCCAGGACUUAUGUAGUCAAAAUAGCCAACAGCUUAGUGGAAAAAAAGCUCUAAACUUGGGCGGCGCCUGUGGCUCAGUGGGUAAGGCGCUGGCCCCACAUACCAAGGGUGGCGGGUUCAAACCCGGCCCCAGUUGAACUGCAACAACAAAAAAAAAUAGCUGGGUGUUGUGGUGGGCGCCUGUAGUCCCAGCUACUCAGGAGGCUGAGGCAAGAGAAUCGCUUAAGCCCAGGAGUUGGAGGUUGCUGUGAGCUGUGUGAGGCCCAUGGCACUCUACCGAGGGCCAUAAAGUGAGACUGUCUGUACAAAAAAGAAAAAAAGCUCUAAACUUUUGUGCUAGUCCAGUUUACAUUUUAAAAGCCCUUUCUCCUCCUGAAUUCAGUUUGGCUCCAAUCUCCCAUUUAUUUGAAAGAGAUCCCAAUAUAGAUCAGUCUUUCCUAAUCUAGAAAAUUGGUUGAUUCCACCAUGACAAUAAAAUUGAAAAAUGGAGUUAAAGUGAAAUACGGUAGAACCACCCAAAACAUAAACCCUCAUUUCCUCUGAUGGCACCCAAUGGAUGGUUUUAAGUGGUUUAUCACAGAGAUAAAGUCCAGGUUAAUUAUGUGCAUGCCAAGAAUUACCACACACAAAGUCCUCUGGAUACUUGAGACUCCUGUGAAAUGUAGCCUUAAGUUUGGCAGUGGCUUUCAGAACAGAAAAUGUUAGCCUAUGGAUCUAUAUGACAACAUAACACCUUUUUUACAUCCUAUUUUAAGUAGUUGCAUCAGCCAGCAGAAAUUCCCCCACCCCAUCUUCAAACAUUCUCUUGUAAUCCACUUACCUGCUAAGUGGCCCCAGGCCCACAACAAACAUAGCUAACCACUGUUAGUUGCAGUACUACGUUGUGUCAAAUAGCAAGGGUCACAUGAACCAUUUGGAUACCUUACUUCCCAAACCCUAAGAUUGUG